AUGGCUACGUCCAUCGCGUCUCAAGCGUCUGUACAUGAGCCGACGAUCGAAGACAAUCCCAGGUACGACCUCACUACUCGCACUGUGUUUGCAAAGUUCCUAACCAUGAUCGACAGUGUUGAAGAGGAUAAUCCAUUGAAUGGAGUCACACAGGAAAAUGCCAUCAGAUUUCACAUGAAAUACGAUCUACCAGUCGAGCAGGAUGUAUUUGUCCGCGGCGUUCUUGCCUUGCGGUCGCAGGUCGACAUAAAGCCUGUAUUCGAACGUAUCCAAACGCGGCGUAGAGAGCACCCCAACGAACCGCGCAGGCCCAUCGAGUUGCAUGUCGGCGAGCAGAGAUACACAAGAUUGGAAAGUGAAGUUCUAUACAAGGCCUUCCUGCCACAGAGUAGGUGGGAAACGCUGCGAAGUCUUUCGAGAAAUACCACCGCCGCAUGCUCCGGCUUCGACGUCCCGAACACAGCGGACGGCCAGCCCAAUGCCAGUCUCGAUCGUAAUGCCUGGCUGCUGGGAGUCACAGUCGGAGUACCAUUCUUCGCUGGUGCAAUACUAGGUCUAAUCAUUACCGACCCAAUCACCAGAAUCCUCCGCUUUGGCCGUCGAGGGGCUAUAUGUGUUGCUGGCAUAUUCAGCUUCAUAUCGGUUGUAGGCUCUGCUUCCGUGCAUAAAUGGGAGCAUCUCCUCGGUUUCAGAAUCCUGUUGGGCGCCGGCAUGGCAGGCAAAGCCUCUAUUGUUCCUAUCCUGCUUUCCGAAACCUCGCCCAAAGACGUACGCGGCUUUCUGCUGGUUUUCUGGCAACUUUUUGUCGCAUUUGGGCUAGCCGCUGGAUCAGUUGCCAACAUGGCCGUGUAUCGCCUCAAUGUAAAUUCGAAAUCCCCUCGAUGGCUAUUGAAGGAAAGCGGCGCCGUGGGAAAACUUUCAAACGGCAAACGUUCCAAGAACGAUCCUCGCAGAGGAGACCUCAUUCGAGAGGCGUACAAGUCCCUUGUCGAUCUUCGAGGCGAAACUGUCCCCAUAAUCGCCGCUGGCGAGCUGUUCCUUAUGCAUACGCGCCUCAUCGAUGAGCAGCGUCGACUGAAGGCAGCAUUGGGUCGCCGAUCGUACACGUCUAGUGCGGCCGACAGGACUACAAACGCAAAGAGCCCUUUCCUUGAUGUCAUCCAACAUAUUAGCUGGCGAGAGAGAGUCACGUUGAUUUUCUUCCGCUCUGGCUACACGAACAGAGCACAUCGAGCUGCAAUCGCGGUAAUGGUCUCACAACAACUUUGCGGUAUCAACUUGAUAGCUUUCAUGGCUGACCAUUUUUUUCGGUACUCCUUCUUCAACAACAAAUGUGACACGUCAACCGACCAGAAAAUGCAGCUACUGGGCGCCUCCCUUGGAUUGAUGUUUUUGAACUUUAUAGCUACAAUCCCCGCUCUGUUCGUUAUCGACGUUCCUGAUGGACGGCGACGAGUUUUGAACUGGUCAUUCCCAAUCAUGGCCUUGUCUCUGCUGGGCUCUGCCUUAGUUCUGAAGAUACCGGAGAAGAUCAUAACCGAUGGGAACGAUCGGACGACCCGGCCAGAUACUGGAGCCAUCGCUGGGCACUACAUUUUCUUGGUCGUGUUCAUGAUCGCAUAUUCUAUCGGAGAAGGCCCAGCAGCUUUCGUUAUCUCAGCCGAAGUAUUCCCGCUUGUCAAUCGAGAACUUGGUAUGAGUCUUGCUGUAUGUUGGAAUUUCAUUGGGGCCGGACUUCUCGCUGUCUUAUCCCCAUGGCUUCUAGUCAAGCUUGGUCCGUUGAGCGUGCUCUUGUUGUUCGCAGGCACUAAUAUCCUCGCAUGGUUCCUAUGUUUCUGGCUUGUUCCCAGUACUGGUAAAGAGGAUCUGGAACAAGUGUUCGAGCAGCUCGAUAUCACCACGGGGUUCAUGUUCAUCUACACUCUCAAGAAGAUAUCGCGUGGACUCACCAAGCCAGUAGAAUUCUGCCUGCGGUUGUUCUCUAAGCCUUUGAAAGAGUGUGGCUACCCAGAGAGACUCGGGUCGCCAAGGAAGGAGUGGGACAAUGCGAAGAAGGCACAACAAUCGAAGGCCAUGCCUACCAAUACCGCGGGUUCUGCAUACUCGAGCGAAGAUGAGGUAGAUGAGAUGAUGCGCAUACGACGCCGACGAGCGUCUCACAACUUCCAAGAUCCACAUGCGCCCAUCCAAUCAGGUUCUCUCGAACGAGGAGUAUCGUCAGCCCAACAACCCGAGGUUGCGCACGAUGCAGAACCCAAUUGA